AAUGAAGUUGAAGAAAGGGACUGUAGAUAAAACAUUCAGAAUGCUUUGUUUGAUGCAAAGGUAGUAUUUCCAAGCUUGAAAGGAUUGUUGAUCGAUGGGUUGACCAAGUUAAUGACAGUAUGGCACAACCAAAUUUCUCCAGAGAGUUUCAAAAAUAUAGAGACUUUAAAGAUUUCUUGCUGUCAGAGUUUGAAAAGUGUCUUUCCAUCCUCAAUGGUGAGAAAUCUUCAGCAGCUAAUGCAUUUAUAUGUGGUCGACUGCGGAGUGGAGGAAAUCAUUGAAGAUGGAGUACAAACGACAUAUGAGUUUGUGCUCUCAAAACUAAACUCUGUCAUAUUUAAGGAUUUGCCCAAUCUUAACUGUUUCUAUCCCGGAAUGCAUGCUUCGUGUUGGCCGUCACUUGAAGGUUUGUGGGUAUAUGAUUGCUCUAAAAUAGCAUUUUUGGCCCAAGAAUGUUCAAGACUUGAGAGAAACUAUGAAUCGACGUAUCCUGCUCCAACUAACCAAGCUCUCUUUAUUAUUGAGAAGGAUUCAUUCCCAAACUUGAAAAAUGUGGCCAUUUCUGGCAUGGAGAUUUGGGAUGGCCCCUUUCCAAUAAAUUACUUCAGCAAACUAGAAUAUUUCCAGGUCAGAAAGAGUAACAAUGAGUCGGCUGCUAUACUUGAGAAAUUCCCUGGUCUCGAAAAAUAUGGUGAAACGAGUGCUCCUCCUUCUAGUGAAAUAUCUUCCCAUCGGAAAAGCAGAAGUGGGGAUAUACAUGCAGUUGGGGCCCUCUCUCAUUUAAGUGAAUUAUGGCUUUAUGGCAUGUCCCGCCUGAUGCAUCUAGGGGAAGAUAACUCCCAAAUGGCAGGUCAAAAUUUUCCAAACCUACAAUUUCUAGGGAUAUAUUGUUGUGACAGCUUACAGAAUCUAAGAUCAUCCGCAAUAUCCUUCAAGAAUCUAACAAGCUUGCAAGUAAAUGGCUGUUCGGGGUUGGAAUACUUGAUAACUUACUCCACAGCUAAAAGUCUCAAGCAACUCAUACUCCUAUCAGUUGAGAACUGUGGAAGACUGGUAGAAAUAGUGGGAAGCAGAGAAGACGAUGAUAAUUUAGGAAAUGAGAUUGUAUUCAGUCGGUUGGAGUAUUUGGAACUCUCUAAACUACCAAGAUUGCGAGGCUUUUGCUCUGGAGAUUGCAUUGUCAAAUUCCCAUCUUUGAACCAGUUAUUGAUUAGCAAACGCCUCAAACUAAAGAUCUUUGGUAACGAUGAGACGCUACAUGUAACCAACGAAGAGGUUGACACAGAUGUUGAUGCUGAUGAUGGUGAAACAUACGUUGAUGCAGAUGAUGGUGAAACAGGCGUUGAUCUUGAUGAAGGUGAAAAGACGGUACAAGUAACAAAGGAGAAUGUUGACAUAGAUGCUGGUGUUGAUGGUGAUCAAAGUGAUGAAACUACACAUAUCACAAACCAAAAGGAAGACGAAAAUUACGAUGGAUCGGAACAUGUUCAGCCCCUUGAAAUCACUGCAACUGAUCAGGGGGUCAUAGCACCAGUGGGAGAAAAUCUGGCCAUCUUACCAGUAGGCGAAGUCACAACUCCUGUGUUUCCAGUUGUUGAGCAUACUCUAGUCGCCGAAGUAACUCGUACUGAAGCUGUCGAACAAGUAUUCUUAGAUAUUGAGCCUCUAGCCGAAGAAGCAAGGCCUGAUGUUCAUCAGACUCUUAAUGCACCAGAGCAGCAUGUUAAGGAACGAAGUGAUCCCUUGGAGCCUUCAGCUGCUGCUAAGGGAAUUUUGACACCUACAAUUCGUGCACAGGCCCCUCAAAGUUCUCUGAAGUCAUCUGGGGAGAAACUGUCCUUGAUAGUUUUGUUAUUCACAUGUUCUCUCUGGAUAUGUAUCUACUUGAUAUCUUUACCACAUUUGACACCAGGAAGUAUAUGUACUUCACUGCCACUGUGCCACGUAAUCAACCCUUUCCAUUACCUGACCUCUCAGGAACAGGUCCGGCCCUUUGAGACCACUGCAAUUGAUCAAGAGUUUAUAGCACCAGUGCAAGAAAAUCUGGCCAUCAUACCAGUAGGCAAAGUCAGAACUCCUGUGUUCCCAGUCAUUGAGCCUCCUCCUGUCAUCGAAGUUCCUCAUACUGAAGAAGGGGAACAAGCAUUCUCAGGCCUGAACCUAGAGCCUGUGGCUGAAGCAGCUAGGCCUGAUGCUCAUCAGACUUCCAAUGCACCAGAGCCUUCAGCUGUUGCUAGAAUAACUCCAACUCUUAUCAUUCCUGCACUGCCCUCUUCAAGUUCUCCAAAGUCAUCACGAGCACAACGUUCCUUGGGAGAGAAACUUCAAGAUCUGUCUGCGAAGAAGGCUGCUAGCAAUAUGGGCCAAUUUGAGGAGGAGAAGACCAAGCUCAAAGCUCUUAUUUCUUCUGCUGAUUUGAGAGACCCCCAAACCAGACAACAGCUCCUGGCAGUGCUGCCCACUCUCCAACUGUCUACUACCAAAUGGAUUGCUGAUCUCGUUGUUCAAGAGCUAUCAAAGUUACCACUGGUUCUGGACAAGGAGGAAUCACUACGCCAAAAAUUGGCUGGUCUUAUAGCUCAGGGCUUUGAGUUGGAUGAAAGGAGGCACAUUCUCCUCUCUGAAGGUUCCUUAGCUGAAGAAAACAUCCAGAAGGUCCAGGAGCAGAAGGUGGAGCUGCUGGCUGUGGAAGAGCAAAUCAAGAAGCUUGAGGCGCAAGCAAUUUUACUCCGGGCAGAGAUCGCCAUUGGCGAAAAGAGGUAUUCUGGUUUUGAAGCGUCCUUGGAUGAGUUGGAUCAGCUAGUUGAGGAACGACAACUCAACCAACUCUCUGUGGAUUCAACGAGUGAGGAGUUUCUUAGGACUCGAGCUGUGAGUGACAGCUUAUGUACUGCCAUCUUUACUCAUCUCCGCCAACUAUUGUAGGCUUCAGUUUUGCAUUUAGGAGCAUAUAUUUAUCAGGAUAGAAUUAAACCUUAAUCCUUGCAUUGUGACGGAGCUAGACAUUCCAUUGAUAUUGUUGGUGUGUUGAGCCAGAUUGUAUAUGUAUUCCUAUUUCCUAUACAUUCUAACCAAAUGUCUACUGUUCAAUAUAUUUGGUGUAAUGGUGAGUAGAAUCUUCCCAUUCUCUAUGGAGACUGUUAAUAAAAUCAUAAGCAUUCUGUUCCCUGUGACAAGGGGUCCCUGAUAGACUCAUUUGGGGAGGUACUUCAA